AUGGGACGCCUAAUCCAGUAUGCAGAUUUAUAUGAGUUUAAAUCCACCACAGACUCCAGUAACGAUAAUCUGGAGAUCACUUGCGUUCUUGUACUUCAUGAAACCGUCAUUUACAAGGAUUUGGAACCGGUGGUUGAAUUAAGUAUGUUCAAUCAAACAAAACAUCUCAUCCUGUCUCAUCCGGUCAGCCCACAGCUGUUUCGUCAGUCGAUUAAAUCCAAUCGGGAACAGAUUGCCACCAAUCUGAAUCAGUGCGAAUAUCCGACCGAUCCGGAAUGGUUUCGCAACAGUGCGAACUAUCCGCGAAUGGAAGAUGGUGUGAUCGAACUCGUUUUCAAGGCCGAUAUCGGUUUUCCAUCCGGUUGGAUUCUGAUCUGGUCCAUGUUUGAAGUGGAUGAUCAAGUUAUUCCCGACCCAUGCUUACUAUCGAACGAGACAGUUGAAACGGAUUCCAAAAGAUUAAUUCGUGCAAGCUGUAUGAUUCAACCGAGACAUGUUGCCCUGUUUAUCGCGACCGUACACAGUCUGGGCAGUGUCGUGGACAAAACACAAAUCAACACACGUUUAGCACAUAUCGUUUCUAACAAUAUAUCUGCUUGGACUAAGAGGAUCAACCCGGUCACUCCUCAGUCGGAGAUUGAUAUGUGUUAUGUGUUUGAUUAUUGUCUAGUAAAGCUCCGUUUCGGUUGGCAUGCAUUCGUUUACGUCGGUGACCCUAUUCUCAUGCAGGGUAGAUUAGGAAGACAUAACUUAUCUGAUGUCAGAUGCUUCUUUCGAACCAACCGUGACAGUAUACCAAUGCCCCUAUCGGAACGUUUCAUCUAUCAAGAUGAACCUAUGUUUGAUCGAUUUCUGCUUCGUACCAACACCUCUCUGCUGACCGAUUCCGGUUGGUAUGAAUGUGAAAUUCGAAACUACAGGGGCAAUUCGCCCAGUGUCGGGAUGCAUUCACGUCUACUGCUCGUGCUGCCAAAAAACGAUUCAAUCGGAUGCUCAAUGACCGUAUUACGAAAAAACGGUCGAUUUCCGCUGAAUAGACAAAUAAUCGAGAACAAUACUUUCUAUUUGUUGAGCAAUCAGAUUGCCCUGGUUCACUGCCGAUAUGCACGUGUUUUGGAUCUGUAUUACAAUAUCACACGAAGGCUUCACUAUCGUAUGUAUAAUGAUCACAAAGAACGUUGGCAAGAUGAUUUCCCUGACAAAUUUGUUGAACCAAUCUCCGAUAUUGAUGAUGAGCCGACUGAAACAACCAAUACCAUCAUGUAUAGGAUUAGGGCAAUCAGAUCGCGUUACUAUACGGGAAUGCUUGAUGUAGCCUGUGAGUCUAUCAUUCAAGUGACUGCACCAGCUUGGGUUUUAAAACCACCGGUCAAUCGGCUCAUUUUACGAUGUAAUCAAUCAUUCACCAUCCAAGAACCUGCUAACGGAGAACUGGAAUUUCGUAUUCUUUCACACCCGAUAACCACUAAACCGAUCGCAUUGGGCUCCCAAAUCGAAUGUGCCGGAGGUUACGGUAGACCGGGAUUAACGUACACAUGGACCCGAAUUCGUUCUGUACCCUAUUGGAAAGAGAACGAGGAGAAUACCGAGGUGAAACCGGAUAUAGAUGUUGACCUAUUGAACGACAUUCCCAGUCUGUUGCCGGCUGAUUUGCCAGGUACAGGUUGGGGUGAUCCUCUGAAACCGCUGGCCGAUACACCCAGUGGGGAACCGAAAGCGGUCGAUCACCUUCUGUACGUUCCUUCGGAUCCAGACUACCGAGGAAUGAAUUAUCUGUAUCUUUGUACCGGUGAAAAUGUGGUGGAGAAUAAAACAUACACAAUCCGACGCUAUUUUCAUCUGUCCAUACUGAUUUGUUCGAAUCGACGAAUCAGUUUGGACCUCUCGUUAGUGCUUUCUCACAAUCUGUUCUCCGCCUGUGAAUUGUCCACAAGCGCUAGCGAUCAAAUUCAUUUCUACGGUUAUUAUUUUCUCACAAUGAUUCGUCAAUUGAUUUUCGGAUUACCUCGAGGAGCCAAAAAUGCACGUGUGGGCAUUUUAAUAUUUGAUCAACCGGAAAUGGAUUUCUAUCGUAACUAUACAAUCAUCCCAUUCGAUUCGAAUCUGGACCGAAUAGCUCUGGCCCGUCGGCUGUAUUCUCGCUCACAAAAGCCGAUCACCGACAGACGUAAGUGUAACGAAUAUUCUUAUAGUCUGAACCGAUUGCUUCCACCAUUGAAACGGAUGCAUUCCACUGGAAACAAUCGUCUUCAAGUCACUGUCCUCCCCGUGGACGAAUUGACUAAUGUGAGCCUCUCCCACUCGGGUUUCCAAGCAAUUCGAAUGCUACAAAAUUUAGACGUUCAAUUCUUACUCACAAUGAUUCGUCCAAAUGGUAGUUUGUUCACGAAGCCAAUGAAUGAUCUGUUGGAAUUGUUGAAACCUGAUCAUGUGAUCACUCUGACUCCAUUGUUACCCACAGUCACGGAUUGCGAUAGUUGCAAACUGGGUGCGAGCGAUGCACGAUUGCGCAUAUCUCGCCUGCCAUUUUUUGAUGCGAUCUGUCAGGUCGGAGGCAGUCCAAUGCCGGAACCAGUUGGACCACCACAAUUUCAAUUUCCCGUUCCCGAGCACUUCUGGGUGCAACAAUAUUCGCUCGGGAUCGGUUGCAUAAUGAGACCAACAAGGACAUUUACCAAAUGGGAAACGACAGUAGAAUUUGUCAUGUGCUUGUUAAAUUCAAACCAAACAAAUCUAAUGUCCGGAAGCCAAAAACAUCCAUCACUUCAAAACAUUUCGGAUUCAUGUUCGAACCGACUGGGACUGAGUGCCCAACCAGUACUUCCUAAUGGGAAUAAUGAUUCAUAUGGGAUUACCGCGAUAUAUCCAAACAAAAAGUACCCAGUCUCUAUAUUCGUGCUUUGUUAUUAUCGCGUUGGAGAAGCCGAGCCUGAGGUUUACGAUCCCGUUCACUAUCGGACCGCUCACGUUCGUUUGCGUAAGCCGACAGUGAAUAAACCUAUAUUGUUUUUGAAAACACACGGGCCUGGGGGUGCAAUACAGUUUUUGUGCAUCUAUGAAGGCUAUGCUAAUGACCUUGAAGUGGUCCUCGUAUUCAAAUACCCACUGAUUAAAUCAAAUACUAAAGUGAUGAUCUAUCAGAUUGUGACUCGAAGCUGGCCCAACGCCCAACCACAGAGCAAGCUCUGCGAGGCCAAAUUGACCUGGGUGGAUGUGAUAUCACUGUCUAAAGAUCAGGCAUUGUAUUGUCUUGUCAGGCCUCGAAGUGAUGAUAACUAUCUGAGACGUCUAAACGAACUGCCCAAAGAAGAAGAUUUGACCAAAUACAGUGCACCACUGAGUGGUUUGAGCUUUUCCUCCCCUUUGGACUCAUUACGUGAGGGUUCUCGGGUUCAGUUCGACUGCGUCUUUCCAUCUUCCUCUCAUGGUUUGCCAUUGAAAAUGGUCUAUUCAAAUCAACAAAAUGCAGUAGUAUUGUGUAACGUGGUCAAACCUCUGGAACUCCAAACGUUUAUCGAAUCGGCCAAUGAAACGGAGCACGCAUGUCAGUUCGCAUCUCCACUAGACACAGAUUGCACUCGGUUUGUCCGUGCACCCGAGACAAACAACACGUUCUAUGAGUCCCAAUGCCUUGUUCGGCGUGAACGGGCCUCAGCUCAGAUCUAUCGAACUAUCCGAUUCUCAGUGAACAGUCUUCAAAUAGUUGAUUUCAAUGCAUUGGUCUAUUGUCAAGGUAUUGUUACGCUAUUUCCGCACACACCAAAAUCGGUGUCAAAGAAAAGCUUCUUUUCCGAAAUCAUUCAGUUGCCAUUCCCUAUCGGUCCGAAAAUUUCCCAAUUUGUGUACGAUCCAAGGGAGGAAAUUUGGAAAUGUCAUGCCGUUUUGUAUCCGCCAAAUAAAGAUGGAGAAAUUCGUAUUAUUCAAACAGACAAUCAUCGACUAGGUGAUUAUCUGAAAAAAUACAAAUCUACGAUCACAUUCAUAUCUACCCGGCCGAAAAUCAUCAAUGUUCACAAACCAAUGAUUACACCCAAGCCAGUAGACUAUGCAGUUUCAAUUCGUUUUGAGCCCAAAUUGUCACAUAAAUCCUCCAUUCCUCAUGGUCAAGUUCUCUUACGUUGUUCCGUUGCUGGAAAAUCGAAAGAAUUAGAAACAGAUACAAAGGAUACCACAUCCGGGGAAAUUAUUGAGCCACAUAUCAAUCACGUCGGUGACACAAUUUUCUAUGAGUGCAAAUUGAGUUUUAGUCGGGACUUAUCGCCAAAGCGAGUUCAUCUGCACCGGAUUGCCCGAACCAGUUGGUUGCAAUACGACCGAACUUUAGUAUUCGUCAAUCUGGAAGAGAAAUCGAUAAAACAGAGUAUUUCGGGUCCUACGGAGAAGGAAAAUUUAAGAUCUCUAAAAGUAAUCCCCCUUGACUUGAUCAGCUCAACGGAAAACUUUGAGUACAGUUGUACCGUGGAUUCUGGUCCAGAUUACAUGCUGGUACGAUUCAACGUUGGACCGAAUACGGAAUUUGACAGCGGCGAGUACUACUGCUCCGUGGGGACGUCCAAUCAGAUCUACUUAUACAGUGAACUGCAAUUCAGUGUCUUUCAAGGGGAAACAAGAACUAUAUCGUUAGCUCAACGUUCUGCGGAACAUUCUUCUUUGUGGUUCCAACCACUGAGAGCCAUCUACGUGGGCGACCUGGUGCACACACGAUGCAUAGCCUGGACCACGAAUCCAUCUGAUCGGGCAGUCAGUGUGUUUCAACUGAUUCCGGUCAAACCCCCGACUGGCAUCAAUCGCACCGUGCUCGUACCAACGCACAAAAGUGGCAUCAUCAUUCGUAUGAUGGAUCAGUAUGAACGAGUUGGACGAAGUCUUCCUCACACGGAUUUCGGAUGUCUUCUAAUCAGUCAACAGUCUGUCGAACAAAAGGUAUACAAAGUACCCCCGGUCGUAUGCAAAGCACCCACAAAACUCUACUGGGAACCGGACAACUUGGAUGUGUACACGACUAACCAUCGUUUGAAAUGUAACUCAAGAGACGGAUGUCAUAAUGGAGUUGUACGCUGGGAGUGGACUGCCGGUCCUAUUCCUCGAAUUUCGAUGCCCACAGACGACUGGAAUCCAAAGAAGAUAGUGGAGGGUGAAAUAUUGGAAUUGAGCAGGUUAGCACGCGCUGGACACUAUAUUUUUCGCUGCUCCGUUAUCUGUCCAUGCCAUCCACAUCCACUGGGGGGAUCCAUAGUUGUGUCUUUCUUUCUUCAACCGGAUAAAGAAGACUAUCGGUUGCGAGAACUGCAUAAACCAGACAAUCUACUGAAGGAUACUGAAACAGAUGAACAUUUGGAUAUCGACUUCCGACCACCCUUGUCCAAAUCUCAUCCCGAAGUAGAAGAUGAUAGCGACUACGUUCUAUUAACCACGCUUCGGCUUAAAUCACAAAAACAAACUAAAUUCGACCAAUGUGUCCCGGAUGACGCUUGGGGUGAAACGUUUGUUUGUUACCCUCCACAAAUGCCCCCUAAAGAAACUCCAGUCAUUCCCGAUACUGAGUUACCCCGUAAAAAAGUAAUGGUAAAAAUCUCGCGAAAAAUCGGUGAUGAUCAGGUGGAAUUCAUACCAGUUCCAGAUGGAUUACGCGGUGAAAGUGAGCUCACGUCAUCCGCGUUACUGUCAGCUCGAAACGAUACACGAUGGUUAGACAAAAUCUACGAGGAAGUAGAUCAGUUCUCUGAUGGCAAAUUUACGCGUGAUGAUAAAAUGAUCCCCAAGAAAAUGAGUCAACGAAUCUUCGACUUUCGAUGGAAGAUGUGGCGUGACCGAGAGAAGAUUAUGGGUAAGUACCGAGCAGAAUGGGCCAAGCGUCCAAUCAAAAAAAGCUUUUUGGAUAUGCGUGAUCUUCCGGACCGAUUUCAACCUCCGAUCGAUAAAUUUGUAAUACCUCCUCGAAGAAAAUCUUCAUCAAAAGCAUAUUUAAGAAGGAGACCUAAAAAGCGAUGGUUUCGACCGGUCAAACCAAAUGAAUUCGCAUCAGAUUUUGAAACCGUAGAACAACACAAAAUAGCUAUCCCUGACAAUGGAACUGGAAUAUACGAUUAUUAUGACCCGGUUGAAUGGGAUCACUCCCGAUGGACCAAACGACCGUGGAUGUCGAAACAAAUAAAAGAUCAACUGAAUUAUUGGCAAGAACUGGAGUCACAUAUACUGUCAACAGAAACAGACAAAUUCCGUUCACAUGAAUCUUCCCGAACAAUACGCGGGCACUCUUCGAACGCCCUCCGAUUGUCAUCUAGUCGAGAAAGUGUCCCUACGGCAGGAGGUAAAUUCGGUGCACCCCGGGGGUUGGAUUCCUCAACAACAGGUGAUAUAAGACAAAGCUAUUCCGGGCGAGAAGACUUGAGAUCACACGAUACCUAUUCGACGAGUAACACAUGGGACCGGUGGAAACGAUUUUCGAUAGAGGAUAUCCAUCCGGACCUGGCAGAAAAUGGCUACGAAAUCAAAUCAUUAAAACAUGCCUGGCCCUCGAAAAUGUCUGAAUUCUUUCAAGGUAUCCAAUGGAAUCGUUGGAUUGAUUUUCUAUCAAGACGGCGAAACAAAUCGCCACCCGAUUCCGUGGAUUUCGAUCGAAUACCUUCGCAUAUAGACCAGCACAAUUUGGAUUCCGUCACACUCACACGAACAAUCCUAAUGUUACCGGGUGUGGUCACUAUACGAUGCCCUUUUCUAGAGUACUGGUCAGAAUAUGCGUAUCAACCAGUAACACUGUACUGGUCCCGGGUUACCACUUUGGCUGAUUUCCACCAAAACAACGUGAAACCAAUUCUGAGCGUCUCGUUUCUCGAAAGACAGUUGGAGAUGAGCGAAGACAAUCAGGAUGAGGAAUCGCGGUUCUUCAUUUAUCCCCCACUUCGAUGGUCACAAAUGCAAACGUUGGACAUCAAACCUGUGUUCGUAGGCGAUUAUGGCUACUACAUUUGUACAACUACAGUGGCCGGAUAUUUUCGUGAUUCUAUGGCACAUAACAUAACCAAAGUGGCACCCUAUCCACUGUGUUUGGUGCCCAAAUUGAACAAGCCGGUAAUUCGGAUAAUUCGGUCCAAAACCUAUUUGUCCACAAUCACGGACGAAAGUAACGAGGCUCAAUUGAACGUGACCAUGGACUCGAACGUAUGUGUAGAGCCGGGCGAAGAGAUCAUUCUACUUUGUCAGAGUAUGGCCUAUCAGAUGUUCUGUGAAGGACCGGAUGAAUACUAUCACGGUUACCGUCUUGUUCGAACGCAUCUGGUCGCUCGACUGUUCGGAUUAGAAACGGGACUGUACGAAGUUUUGGAUAACAAUUUCCCGGUACACAUGCUCGGAUUGGGAGCUUGGCAAAUCACCAGUACCGGUGAAAGAAGUUUAAAUCAAGCCUGGUCAUUGAACGUGACCGAAAAACAUGAUCGUGCUACAGUGUAUUGUCAUGCCGAACCAACCCUUAUUCGACCAUUUGCCCCACCGAUCCCGCACUGGUCAUGGUUGUUGGCCGAAUUUAAACAACUGAAAAGCCAGGGUGCUUUCCGAAAACUGUCACAUUCACGGUUGUGUGUGAACAGCCGGCGAUCGGAUUUGCGACUCGAAGUGGAACAUGAGCGCAGUCCUCUUUCUCUAGAUGUGGACCAAGAAGUGAUAAGCAUACGACCGGGUCAGGCAAUUUAUUGCCACUCACGUCCGUUGACUUCCCUCACACCGGAAUUGCAUGUGUUCGCAAUUCGUGCGGAAAGAUUGGACGCGGCCAAACUGCGUGGAUUAAGCAAUGCGGAUGCGUGGAUAGAUUUUCUGCGAAUUUUAGGUCAUUGGCAUAUCGAUUCACUCAAACGAAAAGCCCGCCUGGUCGUACCGGGUGAUGUGGAGAAUGGCGAGUUUUAUUUCAUUCUGUGCAGUGCAUCUGAGGCACAAAAGAAUGAGAGCAUCAUCAUUCGUAUUCACGUGACAGAAAGAACGUUUCUGGGGCGGUUAGACAUUCAACGUACCGUCUGUGUGACAGCUAUCGUCGCAACAUUGUUGUUCUAUAUGUGUCUUCGAUGGUAUUUGGUCUAUUUGCGGAGACUGCGCACAACGCAUCCACGUCGAAGAAAUAUUGCCACGGUUGAGAAAGGAUUUCCCAGUAUAUCCUAUAAAAACGUAAAAGAUCCUUGA